GUGUUGGGGUGGUUUGACCCGGAAGGAACUAUGAAAAUCAGGGAGGGACAGAAGGCCGGCAAGGAAAGUCCGGAUAACAGUGUGGCAGGCGAGGCCAGCAGCUCCGAGGGUGGCCUUAAGAAGAUAGUGUCGUCCCUCGCGCGAGCAUUAAACAAAAAUCAAGGCUAUCUGGCAGACGCCAAGAAAAAACUGACUUUCGAUGGAGCAAAUAUCACGGAGUUCCUGAUCGACUACGAGAACCUAGUUGCGUUACUGAAGUGGACCGAGGAGGAAAAGAUGGACCAUCUAGGACAGCAUAUGUCGUUAAGCCUAGGACGGGACAUAAUGGCCAUUGUAGCCGCAAGCCGGUCUUGGAAGGAGACCCGGGAUGUGAUGAUGAGGAAGUACCUAGCGGCAGAAAAAAUGGCAACGGAGGCCGACCUAACGGCAGUUCAGAGGAAGAACUUCGCAACGUAUAAUAAUUUCCUACGAGAAUUUACUCUGGUAGCACUAAGGAUCCCCGGGGUCACGGACCGGAUAAUGAGCAAAUAUUUCCUCAGGCAGUUCUCCGAGUUCGACAAAGACAAAAUCCUGUCAGCUUACCAACAUACGAGGAAGUUCGUAAACACGCGGGAUGUUGAUUUUAGCACGGUAACGGAUUUGGCUGAGAAAACGGUAGUAACAGAGACGUUGGCCUUGCUCAAGGAAGGAGAGGUCAUAGAUCUCACCGGUAGGACGGGCGACAAGGUAAAGAAGGGGAUUGAAAGUCUACAUGAACGGGUGCAUGGGGUCGACAAUAAGAUUGAAAGAAUGGAAGGCGCGCUACUGGUUAUGCAGGCGCAAGUGUCUCGACCUGCCCUCCCUCCCCAGGAAGCUGUGGUCCCGCCAGGUGUAGCAAACCUAGGAUUCGGAUGGAGAGAUCCUGCUAACGAGCAAUGCAAGUACUGCACCGCGAUAGGACAUUAUGUGCGCUCAUGCCCAAAGCUCAACCAUGAUAUUCUGAAAAGAAGGUAAGCCGAACCGGUGGGUGAGAUCAUCUGGGAUCAACUCCGGGGGCGCGAACCGCAGACCAACUUUAUUUUGGAAAGCGACGGACGUGAUACGGUGAAUGCAACCACUCGACUGGGAACGGCCGGGAGAAGGAUUAACCGUGACACCAUUAUGGAGGAGGUCGCUGGAAGCUCCGAGCCCCAGGCACAGCCUGAGGCCGAGGAACCAGAGAAAGUCUAUGGGAAGCCCAGGGAAGAGGAGCCUGCGGACAAGGCUACCGCCGCCAAGAAGAAGUUUAGGUAUCAAAUCCCGAUAUUGACCUUGCCUGAGCUCGACGACACUAUUAGCAAGUUACUAGGAACCAUGGUGUCGAUGUCUUUUCAGACCAUGCUGCAGGCUAGUCCUAGGUUGCUCAAGGGGCUCAGACAACUGUUGACUCGGAGGCGAGUAGAAAUAUGCGACAACCCCAAAUUACCAGAAGGGGAGAGGGAGGAGGAAGCUCCGCAAGAAGUGGCUAACCUUCAGAGGAAUCACGAGGACUUGGAGGAUCUCGAAAAGGCCUUUGCAGACAUUCGUUUGAGCUUGCCCGACCGAGAGGGCGGCGAAGUCAUGAGAUCACUACCCGGGACGAAGCUUAGCUUUCAUGCGCUACCCGUAGGGAAAUUGAAAAUCCAGAUCGGGAGUCAUCACACCGACGCAUUAGUAGACGGGGGAGCAGAAAUCACUUCCAUAAGGAGAGAUUUCGCAACGAUCACGGGAUGUACGGUAAACAAGGAAGUAACCGGGAACAUCCGGGGAGCUGGCGGGGAAAUCCCUUUCGCUGGGUACGUCAUGAAGUGUGCUGUGAAGGGAGGGGUCAGGGAAUCGAUCUGGUCGUUUCAGCGGAUGACCGUAAUGGAGGAAAUGGACCACGACAUAAUCCUCGGGAGACCGUGGUGCGCGAACGUAGAGAUGAUAGGCAUGCACUUGCACGAUGGCUCGUACAUGGUACACAUAGAGGACCCUGUGACCGGUCGGAGAGAGCUCCUCCGACUCCUUGGAACGGGAGGAGACACUCCAAAGGAAAAAUUGGCAACAUGGUCGUCGUCGUUCGAGGAUAGCACUCGAAAAGGGGCUUUCGCACGGAUGAAGGGUAUGACAGAAAGGGUAGAAAUCAUGAUUGAGGAGACAUUCAACAAGAAGGAAUGGAUCAAGAUGGACCUGCCCCAGAAGAAGAGGAGGCAGAAGGACGAAGUCCUAGAUGUUAUGGUAGCGGAAAAGGAGUCAGAGGUCGAACUUGGUGCUAGCCUGCCCAAACGGAAAGAAGUACGCAUAGACGUGCCGAAAAUCGCACUCGAGAUCCCCGAUCUAUUGCAACUCAUCAAGGCCCUCAGAUACCACAAGAUCCCGGAAGGAAGUGUUCGAAAGUACAAGCCGGUAGGGAAGAAAGCAAAACCGGUCUCGAUCCUACUAGAGACAUCAAAGGAAGAGGCUAUUGAGAAGGAGGAAGAGGUCCUUCGAGUGAUACGAGAAAGAAGGGCGACGGAGGGACAUCGGAUACCGGACGAAGUAGCGGACACAAUGAAGAUAGGGAUAGACGGGUUCUUAACGGAAGAAGAAACCCGCCUGAUCAAAAGGACCUGCCAGGAAUUUCACCUGGCAUUUGCCUUUAGUGAUCACCAGAAGGGACGACUGGAUGCGAAGUUGAUCCCUCCGGUCAGAAUCCACACGGUAGAAUAUGAGUGUUGGAAUGACAAGGGGCCAUCCUAUGAAUUUGGGAUAGCCGGAGAAGUAACAGACCUCCUCCGAGCAAAGAUGGACUCCUUCGUUGCGGAGCCUACGGCAUCACCAUACGGAAAUCGGUGGUUCGUCUUUCGGAAGCCUAACAAGACGCUAAGGUGGAUUCAGGACCUGCAGAAGUUGAAUGCCGUAACCAUCCGGAAUGCUGACUCGCUACCUCAGGCUGACUUAUUAGCAGAAUCGCACGCCGGUCGGAGCAUUUACUCCCUGAUAGACCUGUACUCAGAGUACGACCAGCUUCCAUUGGAUGUUCGGGACAGGCCAUACACCGCUAUGCACACCCCCGUAGACCAACUACAAAUGCAAGUGACACCUAUGGGAUUGACAAACGAGGUGGCCGAAGCGCAAUGCAGGAUGCUCGCCAUGGACGGGGACAUGUUCCCAAAAAAAUGUGAACCUUACAUCGAUGACAAUCCGAUCAAAGGCGCGCAGGAAAAGGACGAGACAGAAGUCCAGCCAGGGAUCCGACGUUUUGUGUGGGACCACCUGCAGGACAUCAAAGACUUACUCUGCCGGUUCUUAGUAUACAACAUUACGGCUAGUGGACCAAAGAGUAUCUUAGCAGUACCAGAGGCCUACCUAUUUGGGAGGCGGUUCAUCUUAAGGAUCGAUCCGACGAAUGUCGCAGGGGCUCUAAAGAAUUAUAGGCCUAUAGAUCCGAUGGUAGGGAGAUGGGUAGGAUUCAUCUGGCAGUUCGAUUACAAGAUCGAACGGAUUGCUGGAAUCCGCAACAAGGCAGAUGGGCUGAGUCGGGUUUGCAUCACCCCCGAAGGGAUGGAGGAUGCAGAGCCCAUAGACGCCUUCCUCGAAUACGAAGGAGGAACUUUUGAGGUGGACAAUGAAAUGAUGAGCGGAGAAUGCACAUCGGGAGAACUAUUGAUCCAAACUUUGGAGAAGGGGGCAACUGCCGUAGUAGCAGAACUGACAGAAGGACCAGUCACCACUCGAGGACACAGAGAAGAAAAAGACUCAUGGGGAGCGAUAGUAGGACCGAAAGAGGAGCUAAUAGCAAUGGCAGUCGAAGGAGGCCGGUAAGCAGUGAUGAGCUUAGUGGAAUCUUGGGAAAGGAAAGAGUUGCAAUGGGUGAUAAAUCAGAUGCAGGAAG